UAUAUUAUUACGUAUAAUGAAAUUAUCUAAAUAUAAAACCUAGCAAUACAACAGCUAAAGCGUGAAACUUUGUUUUCAGAAAAUAUAAAUAAUUAGAAUAUCGUCCGAGGAUACAGGAACAGCGAAAUGAAAGCUGAAGAUGAAUCAGAUCCAGACAUUUCCGCAUCAUUUCAAGACAAAUUGGCAAUUUUUGAAAGAAAAUGCCAAUCAGGGAAGGACAACACUAAGAGAAUCUCUACUGGUACAUCUUCUUAUGGUAUAUCGGAACGUCAACAGAAAAGACAAAAAGCGGGAGCACAGAAAGGCGGAUUGAGACUGGCAGAUCAAGAGGAACAUAAACACCAAGGACUGAUAUCAGAUCCAGUAUAUCAACGUCUGAAGAUAUUUCAUGGACCUGUGCAAUUGAUAAGCACGACAAAGGACGGAACUUUGAGGCAAGAGUAUAGCACCAUUAACGAGAUUUCUCAGAUAUAUCACCCUGUUGUUGUUGUAGCAGUUACUGGCUUAUACCGUCAAGGCAAAUCCUAUCUACUGAACAAAAUUGCUAAAGGAACCUCAGACUUUGCAGUAGGUCACACUUUCCAACCGAAAACAAAAGGGAUAUGGGCAAUGUGUAAAGAGCAUCCAAAACAAGAAAAUACAGUGCUAAUGUUGUUGGAUACAGAAGGUCAAGGAGACGUUAUGAUGGUUGACAGGAAACAUGAUAAUAGAAUAGCUACAUUAACUUUACUACUGUGUGAUGCAUUGUGCUACAACACGAUGGGUGUAAUCAGUCAAGAUACAAUUGAAAAGGUCUCAGAUAUGGCCGACCUCACAAAGAUAAUACUUGACAAAAACUCACCACGGCGACUGAAGCACAAAUGGCCCACAUUUGUGCUUUGCCUAAGAGAUUUUUACCUAGAACCAAGAAAAGGAGACAAACUACUAUCAGCCGAUGAAUAUUUGGAAGAAUGUCUUACUUUAUGCUCGUGCGACACCGAUCAUUCAGAAAUAUACGAUAAACCGCGAAAAUGUAUAAAGGAAACAUUUUCUAAUCGUAAAUGUUUCACCUUUGAUUUCCCCACGGAAUGCAAACAAAUGAAUCGGCUUAACACGUUACAAGACAACGAGCUCAAUGCUUAUUUUCUUGAGGAUGUAGAAGAGUUUGUGUCAUAUAUCUUUGAAAUUAAACCAAAAGUGUUGCAGAAAGACAGGAAGGUUAAUGGUUCGGCUUUUGCAACAUUUCUAAAGUGUCACUUAGAAGCCAUUCAUGCCGAAAUAGUUCCGGACGUCACAGACGCUUUACUAGAAUCUUUUGAUAAAGAAAAUAAAGAACUUGUACAAACCACGGUUGAAGAAUAUCAGAACAGACUGAACAUGAUACAACUUCCUGUUUUGUGUGAAGGUGUUAUGGACAGGCUUAUUUGUGACGAAUUCCUUGAAAUGGAAUUAACACAGUUCAGAAGGAAGGCAAAAUUGGAUAUUGACCGCAGUUUUGAACAGAACGCUCGGAGGCUAAUGAACUUAGCAAGAGAUGAACUCCGAAGAAGAAAUGCCGCUCAGAUUUAUAAGCAUUGCUUUACAAAUAUAUCAGAGUUAUAUGAAAAAUCAAUUGAAGAUAGAAAAAAGUAUUUUAAGUCAGGAGGAUACGUAUUAUACAAAUCGGACAUUGCAUCUAUCACUUGGACCUACAUGAAUCAUUGUAAGGAUCUGGAUGAGACAGAGAGAAAUCGUGCGUUUGUAACUUUUAUGGAUUCAAAAUCAAACGAGGAACAUGAAAUUAUGACAGAAGACAGUCGUAUUACAAAAGAAAAUGAAAGAACAAAACAGAAAAUGAUAGAGGAAGAACGUUGCAGACAAGGACAAGAAGAGCUGUUACAACAAAGGCUUGAAGAAUUUUCAAAAAUAGAAGAAAAUAUGGCUCUGGAAAUGAGAUCAGAUCAGAUCAAAAUGUUUGAAAUUCGGAAUAGAGAUAUACAAAAUAACACCGAUUUCAUGCGUAAAGGAAGCCUAGUUUGUCCAAAAUGUGAGAAAUGGUUAUGUGCAAGUUGGAAGAAUUAUAAUACACCGUGUGGGCAAUAAAACAUGAAUAAUUAUUUUCAAUCAUUUUGUAGAAACAGAAGAAGUGACAAGCCUAUCGGUGGACAUUUAGACAGAAAUAUCUACCUUUAUUACAUACCUUUCCAUAGAUACAGUGGCGUCGGAACGAACUCAAAUUUGAGGU